CAUCGGGAACGGGACAAAGGGGUGCAGCAGGGGACACUGCGGUGACACAGAGCUGCACCAGAGGGACUGCUGACACUUAGGAAGGAUGGAUGGCACGCAGCAGGACCUGGACAAGGGUGGGUUGUCCAGGUUGUCCUGUCCAGAGAUAAGGUUCCUGUGGAAACUUGUGAGGGUAAACAAGGCCAAGGACAGGGUUGGCACAUGGGUCGGGACAAUUCCUGAGAUAAGUGCAGGAUGCAGGUGAUGGGAUGGAGAGCAGCCCAGAUGAGAGGAAUCUGGGGGGAUGAGAGGCUGGAUACGACCUGACAAGGUGUGCUGGCAGCCCUGGAAAGCCCCCCAUGUCCUGGGCAGUGUCACUGGCAGCAUGGGCAACAGGUGAGGGGGCAUUGUCCUCCUUGGUCCCACUCAGGUGAAACCAACAUGGAGCACAGGGUCCAGCCCUGGGGUCCUUGUCACGGGAAGGACAGGGAGGUGCUGGAGCAUGUCCAGAGGAGGCCACAGAAAUCCUCCAAGGGCUAAGAAGGGUGAGAGAGCUGGGAUUGCUUGGCAUGGAAAAGAGAAGGCUCCAGCGAGAGUUACAGCCCUUGCCAGUUCCUCUGGGGGCUCCACGAGAGGUGGAGAGGGACUUGGGAUGAGGCCAUGCAGUGACAGGACAAGGGGGAAUGUCUCCAAAGUGGAAAAUGGGAGGUGUAGAUUGGAUACUAGGAAGAAAUUCUCUACAGUGAGGGUGCUGAGGCACUGGAGUGGAUUUCCCAGAGAAGCUGUGGCUGCCCAGUCUCUGGAAGUGUCCAAGGCCAGGCUGGACAAGGCUUGGAGCAACCUGGUCUAGUGGAAGAUCUCCCUGUCCACAGAACAGGGUGGACCUGGAUGGGUUUUAAGGUUGUUAUCAACCCAACCCGUGGGUUCCAUGAUGAUGCAAUAAAUGACGUCACAUCACGAUGACGCAGCGGCCCCUGGUGGCUCCUCUGCGCACGCGCGCCGGGGCUGGGCGUGCCCAAGAAAGAAGGGGCGUGGUCACACGAGGAGAGGGCGUGGCCGUGUAGUGGGCGUGACCAGAAGCGCGGCCGCGCGUCCCCUCUCGGCCGCCGUCGCCCGCUGCCCCCGCGGCCGCAGCAUGGCGGGAGCGGCCCCCGGCACCGGCGGGCGGCGGCGGCUGCAGGACGAUGGGCUGCAGACCUGCACCUCCGUCGAGCAGUCCAAGGUGGAGGACAUCGUGCAGGAGGUCUAUGAUGCCUACAAGACAAACCAUCACUCCUCACAGUACAUCCUGCAGCGGGAGAAGCACUUCCAUUACCUGAAGAGAGGUCUCCGGCAGCUCACUGAAGCCUAUGAGUGUCUGGAUGCCAGCCGCCCCUGGCUCUGCUACUGGAUCCUGCACAGCCUGGAGCUGCUGGAUGAGCCCAUUCCUGAUUCGGUGGCCUCUGAUGUCUGCCAAUUCCUGAGGCGCUGCCAGAGCCCCCAGGGUGGAUUUGGGGGGGGUCCCGGCCAGCACCCCCACCUCGCCCCCACCUAUGCCGCCGUCAACGCGCUCUGCAUCAUCGGCACCGAGGAGGCCUUCGGCGUCAUCGACAGGAAGAAGCUCUUGGAGUACCUGUACUCGCUGAAGCAGCCGGAUGGCUCCUUCCUCAUGCACGUGGGUGGAGAGGUGGAUGUCAGGAGCGCCUACUGUGCCGCCUCAGUGGCCUCGCUGACCAACAUCCUGACACCUGCACUCUUCGCUGGGACAGCCGAGUGGAUUGCCAGGUGCCAGAACUGGGAGGGUGGGAUCGGCGGCGUGCCGGGCAUGGAGGCGCACGGCGGCUACACUUUCUGUGGUGUGGCUGCGCUGGUCAUCCUCAAGCAGGAACAUCUGCUGAACCUCCGGAGCCUGCUGCGCUGGGUGACCGGGCGGCAGAUGCGCUUCGAGGGUGGAUUCCAGGGCCGCUGCAACAAGCUGGUGGAUGGGUGCUACUCUUUUUGGCAAGCCGGGCUCCUGCCCCUGCUCCAUCGGGCACUCCAUGCCAGGGGCGAUCCGGCGCUGAGCAUGGCACACUGGAUGUUCGACCAGCUGGCACUGCAGGAAUACAUUCUCCUGUGCUGCCAGUGCCCAGCUGGCGGGCUGCUGGAUAAGCCAGGAAAAUCCCGGGAUUUCUACCACACCUGCUACUGCCUGAGUGGGUUGGCCAUUGCACAGCACUUUGGAAGUGGAGAUCUCCACAAUGAGGUGGUCUUGGGUAUCCCUGAGAAUUGCCUGCAGGCCACGCACCCUGUCUACAACAUUUCCCCGGAGAAGGUGGCGAGGGCGGUGAUGCACUUCCUGCAGUAUCCCGUGCCCAGCCUGGAUCCGGCACCCGCUGCCCAGUAGGGGGGUCCUGCUGCUGGCUCGGGGUGCGGAGCCCCGGGAGCGAGCGGCACAGCCCAGCCCAUCCCCUCCCAUCCCCAC